AUGGAUCUCAUAGAACAUGAAGCGUUAUUUCUGGUUAAUAGGAUUGAGGCAUUCCUUAGCGGCACCUCCGGCACUUUGGGCUCUAUGAACAUCGCGACACGCUCUAAAUUGAGCGAAGCCGCGCGAAGACUUAACCUUGCUACAGAAACUUCCGGAGAUACCAUACAGAGGAUUAUGCUUUCGCCUCUACAGCUCCCGCUCACUGUUGUAGGGAUCGAAACGCGCCUAUUUGAGGUUCUAAGCAAGGCAAAUGGAAGAAUGAUAGAUAAGCAAGAAUUAUCUAUCGUAACUAAGAUCAAUCCAGUCUUGUUAAAGCGUCUUCUCCGCUACUACCAAGCUUUCGGGAUGCUUGACCAGCUUGGAGAUGAUCAUUAUCAGGCAAACAAUAUGACAUCGGCUAUAAGCUCUCCGGGUGGGCGUAACGCGCUGCCCUUCUAUUUCGAGGCUGUCGUGCCGGCUUUGAACGCUAUUCCUCGGUGCCUCCGUGACAAUGCAUAUCAGAACGUCACCUACGGCGAAUGCUUUCCGUGGUACGUCGGUCAUCAAACUAACAAGGAAAUCUACGAAUGGAUGAAAGACCACCCAAGUGCCCUACAUCACUUCAUGUCAUACAUGGUGAGACAGCGCGAUGGACAACACACAUUCUUGGAUGUAGUCGAUUUCAGGGAGUUUACCAAAAGUGUUGUGAGCAAAAACACUCCCGUUUUCGUGGACAUUGGAGGAAGCCUCGGUCAUCAAUGCGUUGCCCUCAGGCAGAAGUAUCCCGACCUGGUCGGCCGCGUAAUACUUCAAGAUUCCGAAGAGGUAAUUGAGCAAGCUAGGAUUCACCCUAUUCCCGGAUUUGAGGGGAUUGAGGCGCAGGUACAUGACUUUUUCACACCACAACCUAUCAAAGGUGCUCGUACGUACUACAUGCGCAAUAUAUUGCACAACUGGCCUGAUGAUAAAUGCAUCGAGAUCCUCAAGAAUAUCAAGUCAGCCAUGACACAAGAGUCACGGAUUUUGAUUGAUGAGAUGGUGUUUCCUGAGAGUGAUGUACAUUGGAGAGCAGCCCAACUGGAUUUAGUUAUGGGCAGCUGCUUUGGGAGCAUGGGCCGCACACAGCAGGACUGGGACACACUUUUUGAAAAGUCUGAGCUUGAAGUCCUAAAGGUUUGGAAGUACACUGCUAAUCUGGACGACUGUGUCAUUGUAGCAGUACCAAAAUGA